AUGGCUUCUAUCCUGGCCAUCUUUCCACCCGAAAUCCUUCUCGCCAUCGUCCGCCAGCUCGACCCCUCGAGACUCUGUAGGAGAUCGCUAGAGUACGAUACCUUUGACGAGCUUGACUGGGAGUCUUAUGCCGCCCUCGCCUCCUUGGCAAGAACCUGUAAGACUCUGCGACAUCUCGCGCAGGUUCAGUUGUUUCGCCAUGUACCCAUGGGUUAUGGCAAUGCUCUUAGACUUACGCGUACUCUCGUCAAGCAGCCACAUCUUGCCGGCGCGGUAAAAGAUUUGACUAUUGGAUAUAUGUGGCGGAAGGGCAGGCGUAAAGGCUUCAAAUGGGACAUCUGUGACGAAGAUUCUACACUGCUUGAUAAGUACCUAGCAGUGUACUGCAGCAAAGAGCCAGACACAUCAACAGAAGAGCCGCCUGCCGUUUGGCGCUAUCCCAAUUGUGACCUUGGCGACAUUACGGGGGCGCUGGCAGCCGUGGCGAUCGCUCAAACGCCCAAUAUCCAGCGACUGGUACUCGACCGUAUCUAUUGGACUAUCCCGAAAUCGUUCACGCUACCGGAACUUCCAUUUCUUACAGAGUUCUACUAUAUACAUGCAUUUGAACAAUUCGACACCCAAGAUAAUUAUAUACUCAAUAUAAUAUUCGCAGCAGCGCCGGCGCUGAAGAAGUUUCAUGCACACAUACUGGACUCCAUUCCUCCGAAUAUACCUUAUAGUAACGUGACUGAAGCUAUAUUUACCUGGAGCUGCCUAAGCUACGCGAGCUUCAAAGCUAUCGUUGAAGGCUUUCCACACCUACAGAAAUUCACCUAUGAGUGUAAGAAAGAGACUUGGGCGGACAACCCGCCGGCGGGCCCACGCGAGAUAGCCGAGCUUUUGCGUUUUCGAAAGGAUACAGUUACCCACUUGUCACUUGAUUUUCGACAGUCAAACCGGUACGUGAAUGACCAAGAGUAUGUACAAAUCAUUGAGCAUAUGUACGCUCUGGAAUCACUGGUGCUAGGCCUACAGCUCCUCACAGACCAUGAGGCUACUACAGCUGCAUUACUGAGGUAUUUGCCCAAAUCAAUCCAAUCCUUGGAUAUGCUUUGUAUAGUUUUUGGCCCUGAGUUUGAGAUGAUGGCUAGAACACUGCAGGGACAGUUUCCGGGCCUAAAGAUACGUUUCGAGGAUGAGGACGAGGAGAGCCUUACUUUCCCUUGA